GACAGCAGACUACAUAACAUUACCCCUUGCGCUGUCCUGAAAAGACCUUGGAUGUGUUACAUAAUUCGUCGGAAUAUUUCGAGGAAUAAUUGCUAUUUGAGAUGAAAAUUGUUCACCACAACUAGAUCAAAUGAUAUAGCAUUCAUCAUAUUUUGCUUUUUCAGAACUCGGGAGAAAAUCUGUUGCUAUGGCGAUGAGAGAUCUCGUGGAGGGGGAAUGUGGGACAGCCAACCCCUUGAUGCGUCUGACGUCUCAUUUCACUCAAGACAAGUCGCUGCACCAGGAGGGGCUACAACAUCUACCAAGACCUGGAGGGGUGGUGCAGGGGCGAGGCCCUUCCUUGAAGCCCCCGACCAUGAGUUGGUCAAUGAAUUCCUGUCCGAUCAGCAUCGUCAUGCUGGUCCACCUCAGACGUUCCGCAUGGAUGCACUCCUUCAAGAGAUGCAGGAGAUAGAAGGCAUGCAUCACAGGCAAGCCCUAGCCCAAGCCCCAGGAGUAGCAGACCUUGCCUCCAGGGCAGAUUGGGCAGCUGAUUUUCUUGAGGCGGAGCAGAGGAGGGCAGAGGAAAUCGUUGAUGACACUGACCUGAACUGGACAAAAGAUUUCCUAGACUCUCAGAGAGAAGCGGUGGGACCGGACAUUAUAGCCACAACAGAUACGAAAUGGGCAACAGAAUAUCUUGACCAGAGCGAUGAUAAACUAUGGACCGAAGAAUUCAACAACCAGACUGAAGAUGCAAGGUGGAUUGAUGACUUCAAAGGAGAGCAAGAAACGAAAGAUGAACUUGCACAAACAGCUACACAACUCCUGGGUUCCAUGGAUGACCCCAAGUUCCAGAGUUCAGAGUUUAUGAAAUUUAUCAAGAAGUUGAGUGAUGGUGACCUCACAGUAGAUGGGAAUGAGGUCCGAAAUAAAGACGGGUCAUCGGUCGAUGCAACUGCAGAAUCUUGGUCCUCAGAAUUUACAAACCAGCAGGAGUACACAGCAGAAGAGUGGGCACGGGAUUUCGACCAGGAGAAGACGAUGCCUGCCGACCAGGAAUUCUGGGAAAAAUUACAGAACGAGUGGGAGGAGAUGGGCCAGAAAGAGACCGGAGAUGCGCAUCCUUGGUUGGACGAGUUUAACGCCGCUCAAACCAGUGACCAGCCGUAUUCUUUUGAGAGUGAGAAUCACCUCUUCGAUCAUCCUUCCCCUUUCGAAGAAGGCCUCAAGAGAUUAAAAGAGGGUGACCUUUCCAACGCUGUCCUUCUCUUCGAAGCCGAAGUCCAGAAGAACCCAGAUCACAUGGAAGCAUGGCAAUAUCUUGGUACAACUCAAGCAGAAAAUGAGCAGGAACAAGCCGCAAUAUCCGCCCUAAGAAAAUGUUUAGAAUUAAGUCCAGUCAACUCUUCUGCCCUCAUGGCCCUGGCGGUCAGCUACACCAACGAGGCCAUGCAAAACAAAGCUCUAGAUGUGCUCAAACAAUGGCUCUCCUCAAAUUCAAAGUACUCAAGUCUCGUCAAUCCGGCGGGAGGUGGUCUGGAUGGUGCAACAGCCGCCAAUCAGGAGAUCUCAUCACCAAUGAUGUCAUUAUCACUGCACAAAAAUGUCCAAGACCUGUACAUAGAGGCAGCUAGAAUGGCACCGGAAUCUGUGGACGCUGACGUCCAGAACGGUUUAGGGGUUCUCUUCAAUCUUUCUCAGGAGUACGAUAAAGCUGUCGACUGCUUCAAGACUGCCCUCUCAGCCAGCCCGGAGGAUGCAUUGCUAUGGAAUCGCCUAGGAGCCACUCUUGCCAACAGCGGCCGGAGCGAGGAGGCUGUGGAUGCCUAUCACAGAUCGCUGGAGAUCUCCCCAGGGUUCGUCCGAUCAAGAUACAAUCUUGGCAUCAGCUGCGUCAACCUAGGAGCUCACAAGCAAGCAGUUGAGCACUUCCUUCAAGCCCUGAACCUCCAGCGUAGCGGUCAAGGCCCGCAGGGUCAGAAGUCUCAAAUGUCAGAGAAUAUCUGGAGUACCCUACGCAUGGCCAUUUCUCUCAUGGGGAAGGUCAAACUGUACGACGCUGCGGACAAACGUGACCUAGACCUACUCAACAAUGAGUUCAGCGUUUCAAAGUGACUGGAGCCACGCUCUUAUCAGCAGCCCUUUGCUCGAG